AGAAAGCAUCAAAUCAACAUGUAAUGUCAUCAGCGGGGCAGCUACAUGGUACAGUGGACAGAGUGCUGGACCUGGAGUCAGGAACAUUCAUUUUUAUGAUGAUGAUGAUGAAGGAGGAAGAGGAUGACAAAGAGGAGAAGGAGAGGAGGAGAGAGAAAGAGGGAAAAAGAGAAAGAGAAAGAAAGAGAAGAAAAAGAAGAAAGAAAGAAAAGAAGAAAAAAAUUAGUAGUCCUGAAUGUGGAGUCAUAGGAUAUGAUUCAAAACCAGAUUUUGCCUUUUGUGUGACAUUGGUUUAUUUACUUAAUAUCUAUUGCUUUCAGGGAUUUCAUUCCUGACCAAAAGAGCUCUCUGCCAAUAGAAGUGUUCCCAAAGCAGGAUGGUUAGGAUUGGAAUUAACGGAUUUGGCCGGAUUGGGCGAAUGGUAACUAGGGUGGCAUUUCAAACAGGCAAAGUAGAUGUCGUGGCCAUUAAUGAUCCUUUUGUUGAUAUAAACUACAUGGUUUACCUGUUCAAGUAUGAUUCUACUCAUGGAAAAUUUCAAGGCUCUGUCAGAGCUGACUAUGACAGGCUGGUGAUAAAUGGACGAGCUAUUACUGUCUCCCAGGAAAAGGAUCCUGCCAAUAUCAAAUGGGGAAAUGCUGGCGCUGAAUAUGUCAUCGAAUCUUCUGGUGUCUUUACCACCUUGGAGCAGGCUGGGGCUCACUUAAGGGGGGGCUGCAGACGGGUCAUCAUCUCUGCUCCAUCAGUGGAUGCUCCCAUGUUCGUGAUGGGCGUAAACCAUGAGACCUACAACACUUCCAACACGGUAGUUAGUAACGCCUCGUGUACGACCAACUGUCUGGCCCCGCUAGCCAAGAUCAUCCAUGAAAACUUCGGCAUUAUCGAGGGACUGAUGACUACAAUUCACGCCACUACGGCUACCCAGAAGACCGUAGACGGCGCGAGCGGGAAACAAUGGCGGGAUGGCCGCGGCGCUGGCCAGAACAUCAUUCCUUCCUCCACGGGGGCCGCGACAGCUGUGGGGAAAGUCUUCCCCGCGCUGGCCGGCAAACUCACGGGCAUGGCCUUCCGAGUGCCCGUCGCCAACGUGUCCGUCGUGGAUCUGACCUGCCGCCUGGAGAGACCCGCCAAAUAUGAUGACAUCAAGAGAAUCGUGAGACAAGCGUCUGAGGGAAACAUGAGAAAUAUUGUAGGCUACACCGAGGACCAAGUUGUAUCCAGUGAUUUCAAUGGUGACUUCAACUCUAGUACUUUUGAUGCUGAAGCUGGAAUUGCGCUAAAUGACUAUUUUGUCAAACUCAUUGCCUGGUAUGACAACGAAAUCGGUUAUAGUAACCGCUUGUUGGAUCUCUGUGUCUACAUGUCCUCCAGGGAGUAAUCAAGGAAGUUGUGGAAAUUCAAGAUAAAACAGAAGUGUUUUGCAGCUUAGGUGUUGCUAUGCUAAAUUUACUUCCCUACACCUAUGGUUCUCACUCCAAGGUAGUCCCCCUGCUUAGUAGCGGGGGAAAGCAUUGAGUCCUGUGUUCUUUGCCAUCAAUAAAGUCAGCACUGUACCCAAUGAAA